GCAGGCGGAUCAAAGUGAAUGCCACUUUACCCGAUGCGCACGCAAGACGAUUUGUCAUACUGCAAAGUCUCGCUGAUCACCAUAAUUACUGUAAUCGAGAUGAUGCAAUCGUUCGGCAUUGUUUCCUUCGCGACAAUCGAGGCCGCAAAGAGACAGGAUGGUAGCACUGCGCGGCCAACUUCUCGCCAUUCGUUGUGCCUUGGAAGAGCCGCGCUUCGUCAAUGUCCAACUGAUGGACGACACGCGAUCCUGAGCGCGAGGAAGCUUCAAAAGAGAAAACGAACUGCCCAUGAUCUGAUCAUCGAGAUAAAACGCGAGUGCCAACGUUCAGGUUCGAGAUCCCAGCUGUGAUAGGUUCCUUGAUCACGGG